GCAGCAGCGGCGCAGGCAGCAGAGCGGCAGCGGCGGCGGCGCCGGCGGCGUCCCGCAUCCGAGGCUCGCGGGCGGCGGGCCCGGACUCAGCUUAUCACGUGACAUGAAAAACCCUAUGGGAAUUAAUUGGAAUUGGAUCAGUUUGGGGAAGAAUUGAAAUCUUUUAAGAUUUUGAGCCUUCCUGUCUGAGAGAACAUGGAGAGGAGAGUGAGCAUGAGAAGAGAAGAGAGGUGACAAUUGGGUGGCGGGGAGAGCAGAAGAAGAGCCCGUGAAGGAGACUGGGGAGGAGCAGCCAGAAGAAUAGGAGGAGAACCAGGAGAAGAAGGUCUUUGGAGUCCUGCUGAAGCGCUCUGAGGAGGAGGAGGUGGCCGGCAGUGUCAAGUUGGUACGCCAUGGAGGAUUGCACCAUGGGAGACUACACGGAAGCCGACAGUGCUGAGACCGAGGACGGCGCCUACGGAGAUGACUGUGGCUUUGCUCCCGAGUACCCGUCCAAAGGUUACGGUCGCAUGUCUCAGCUGUACUGUGAUGGGUUGGGUAUGCAGUAUAAAGAUUAUAUUCAAAGUGAGAGAAACUUAGAGUUUGACAUCUGCAAUAUGUGGUGCAGUAAACCGAUGUCCAUCCUGCAAGAUUACUGCGAUGCCAUCAAAGUCAAUAUCUUCUGGCCACUUCUGUUCCAAAGUCAGAACAGCUCUAUAAUAUCACGACUGCACCCCUGUGUGGAGCCCACUGAUUCUCAAGCUCCUGAGAUGAGUUUGAAGAAACUGCAACAUAUUGAGUUGAUGGAAGAUAUUGUCGACUUGGCGAAGAGAGUUGUGAAUGAUCCAUUCUUUAUCGGAGGCUUACUGAGAAUUGGCUAUAAGAUAGAAAAUAAAAUCUUGGCAAUGGAAGAAGCUUUGAACUGGGUGAAAUAUACAGGCGAUGUGACAAUUCUACCAAAAUUAGGAGCAGUCGAAAAUUGUUGGCCUAUGCUAAGUAUUUUCUUUACUGAAUAUAAGUAUCACAUAACUAAAGUUGUAACAGAAAACUACAAUUUGCUUGAAGACUUCAGAACUCCAAAUUGUCCAGAGUGCAUAGAGCAAGGAGAACUCAUGAAAAUAAAAGGAAAUGAAGCGUUUUCCAAAGAGAGAUUUGAUAUGGCUAUUAUCUAUUACACCAGAGCCAUUGAAUAUAGUCCUGAAAAUCACCUGCUUUAUGGUAACCGAGCUCUUUGCUUCCUUCGCACUGGACAGUUCAGAAAUGCCCUUGGUGAUGGAAAGCGGGCCACUAUUCUGAAGAGUGGUUGGACAAAGGGUCAUUAUCGUUAUUGUGAUGCUCUUUCUAUGCUGGGGGAAUAUGACUGGGCCCUGCAAGCAAACGUAAAGGCUCAGAAACUCUGUAGGAAUGACCCUGAGGGCAUCAAGGAUCUAAUUCAGCAGCAUGUAAAGUUACAAAAACAAAUAGAAGACCUGCAAGGUCGAGCAACCACUCGGAAUCCAAUCAAAGCCUUUUAUGAAAGCAGAGCCUACAUCUCCACUUUAUCGGCACCUGCAUUUAGAACUUCGCUUAAUUUUGCCGAGACUGGGAAAGAUUCUAGAAAACCUAAGCACGCGAUGGCAAGUGGUGGGAGUCACAACAUAAAGGCGGCAGAUGAGGCUUUGAACUCCGAUGACUGCGACUGUCGUUCUGAAUUCGUGCCGGCACCUGGCCAGACUCCGAAAUACAAAGGAAAGCAAAAAUCCAGAAACAACGAAUUGGAGAAAUUCAAUUCUAAUUCACAAGGAACUUUACCAGCAGAUUUGAAAAACAUUUUGGAGAAACAGUUUUCUAAAUCUUCCCGAGCGGCAAACCAGGAGACCAUAUAUGUGCUGAGCUGGGCAUCGAACCAGGAUGGACCACAUGAUUUCGCCAAUAUUAUGAAAAUGCUGCGAAGCUUGAUCCAGGACGGCUACACGGCGUUGCUGGAACAACGCUGCCGUAGCGCCGCCCAGGCCUUUACCGAGCUGCUCAACGGCCUGGACCCCCAGAAGAUCAAGCAACUGAACCUGGCCAUGAUCAAUUACGUCUUGGUAGUCUACGGACUUGCCAUUUCCCUCCUGGGAAUCGGACAACCUGAGGAGUUAUCUGAAGCUGAGAAUCAGUUCAAGAGGAUGAUUGAACACUACCCCAACGAGGGACUGGAUUGCUUGGCCUACUGUGGGAUCGGAAAAGUCUAUUUGAAGAAAAACAGAUUUCUGGAAGCUCUUAAUCACUUUGAGAAAGCAAGAACCUUGAUUUACCGCCUUCCUGGAGUUUUGACUUGGCCCACAAGCAAUGUGGUGAUCGAAGAGACAAAGCCGGGGAAAAUAAAGAUGCUGAUAGAGAAAUUCAUUGAGGAAUGCAAAUUCCCUCCAGUGCCCGAUGCCAUUUGUUGCUAUCAGAAGUGCCGUGGGUAUUCCAAGAUCCAGAUCUAUAUCACGGAUCCUGAUUUCAAGGGCUUCAUCCGCAUCAGCUGCUGCCAGUAUUGUAAAAUCGAGUUUCACAUGAAUUGCUGGAAGAAGUUAAAGACAACAACCUUUAAUGAUAAGAUUGACAAGGAUUUCCUACAAGGAAUUUGUCUCACCCCGGACUGUGAAGGAAUCAUUUCCAAGAUUAUUAUCUACAGCAGUGGUGGGCAAGUGAAAUGCGAAUUUGAACACAAGGUCAUAAAAGAAAAAGUUCCUCCAAGACCUAUUCUGAAGCAGAAAUGUUCUAGCCUUGAGAAGUUGAAACUGAAAGAAGACAAAAAACUGAAGAGAAAGAUCCAAAAGAUGGAAGCCAAGAAAUUAGCCCAAGAGAGAAUGGAAGAGGACUUGAGGGAGAGUAACCCACCCAAAGCUGAGGAGCACAAAGAAACGGCUAAGAGUGUUCAGAGCUGCCAGUUUCUUGAUGACAGAAUCCUGCAGUGCAUAAAGCAGUAUGCUGACAAGAUUAAAUCUGGGAUCCAGAACCCUUCCAAACUUCUCAAGGAAUUGCUCUCUUGGAAAGUUUUGAGCACCGAAGACUACACCACCUGUUUUUCAAGCAGAAAUUUUCUGAACGAAGCCGUAGACUAUGUCAUUCGUCAUUUGGUCCAGGAGAAGAAUCGAGUUAAGACAAGAAUAUUUCUGCAUGUUUUGAGUGAACUUAAAGAAGUCGAGCCCAAAUUAGCCACCUGGAUCCAGAAACUGAAUGGCUUUGGCUUAGAUGCCACAGGAUCGUUUUUCUCCCGAUACGGAGCAUCUCUCAAGGAGCUUGAUUUCAGCAUCAUGACUUUCCUCUGGAAUGAGAAGUACGGCCACAAACUGGCGUCCAUCGAAGGGAAGCAGCUGAAUUAUUUCUGCGAUUCCGCGUCCGCGAAGGAGGCGCGGUGCCUGAUCUGGCUGCUGGAGGACCACCGGGACAAGUUCCCGGCCUUGCACAAUGCCCUGGAUGAGUUCUUUGAUAUCAUGGACAGCCGCUGCACCGUCCUGAGGAAGCAGGACAGCGGGGACCUGCCGUUUAAUAAUACCAAGAUAAAGAACAAAGGCAAGAAAAAGAAGCAAAAAGACUCAAAGCCUAUGUUAGUUGGAUCUGGAAAAACUUCAAUAACAACAACUAGUGAUACAAGCACUUCUGGUGAAGACCAUAACAGAAGCAGUUCCAGUUCUUCAGGCCCGUUUGUGGUGCCCGACCAUCUCCGGCAGGACGUGGAAGAAUUCGAAGCCCUGUAUGAGCAGCACAGCGGAGAGUACGUCAUCCGCAACAAGAAGCUGUGGGACAUCAACCCCAAACAGAAGUGCUCCACGCUGUACGAUUACUUUUCCCAGUUGCUGGAGGAGCAUGGUCCCUUGGACACGAGUAACAAGAUGUUCUCCGAGGAAUACGAAUUCUUUCCCGAAGAAACCCGGCAGAUCCUCGAGAAAGCAGGCGGCUUGAAAUCCUUCCUGCUGGCCUGCCCUCGGUUCGUCCUGAUCGACAACUGCAUCGCGCUGAAGAAGGUGGCCUCCCGCCUCAAGAAGAAGAGAAAGAAGAAGAACAUGAAGACAAAAGUGGAAGAAAUCUCGAAAUCUGGCGAGUUUCUGCGCAGCAAACUCCCGCUGAAUCCAGCCGCCCGGGAGUUCAAGCCCGACGUCAAGCCCAAGCCGGUGUGCACAGCGUCUCCGGUGCCGGCGUCCGAGGCGCCCGGGGCGGGGCCUGCCCAUCCCCCUGGGCCGCCCGGGGAUGCUCUGCAGCCCAAGCCGGUCCCCAGUGCUCCGUCCGGCCCCGUUCCCAAGGAGGCGCCCCCCCAGGCCGCCACCUCCGAUGCCUCCACCCCCGUGGGCGAGGAGGCCGGUCCGCAGCGCGGGGUGGAGGCCGUGAAGCCGCCCUACUGGACCCAGCCCCAGGUCGUCACGGGCUACUGCACCUACGUCCCCUUCCAGGGGUACGGCCUCUCCCAGAGCCCGCCUGGCUACAUCAACGUCAUCACCACCAGCCUGCCGCAGUACACCAGCGUCUACGCGCCCGUGGCCGGCGGCCCGCCCGAGUACCAGCUGCAGGCGCCCGUGCCCGAGGUGCCCUCGCUGGGGGCCGGCCCUGCGGCAGGGGAAAGCGCCGCUCCGGGCCUCAAGGGUCCUCCGCUGACCGCCGAGGGCGUCCCUGCGAGCCAGGGGCCGUCGGAAACGCAGGUCCUUCCGGCCGCCCCGGCACCACCCACCGAGCCUCUGAGUGGCACCGGUGACCCUGGCAGGGCCCAGAGUGAAGCCAGCGGAGAGCCCGCCAGCCGCAGCGAGGGCAGUGCCGCCCACGUGGCAGACGGUCCACGAACAAAAGUGGCUGCCACACAGGUGUCUUGGGAUAUAAUGAAUCAAGAAGUCAAUACUGACCCCUAUGAUCCUUUCGAGACUAAACAGGGGGGUAUUUCGGAGAUUGAAAAGGAGUACCACGUUCUACAAGAGCAGCUUCAGGAAGCAUGUGACAAUUUUGAGCAGAAAAAACUCCAGGGUUCAGAAGAGACCAAGGAUCUGGAAGAAAAGUUGACAAGGAACUUGGAAGAAAACAAGAUUUCAAAGACAGAACUAAAUUGGUUCCUUCAAGAUUUGGAAAAAGAAGUUAAAAAAUGGCAGCAGGAGAAGAAAGAAAUUCAAGAGAAACUCAAAGCCCUGAAGAAGAAAAUGAAAAAGGUUUUAAAUGCCAGUGAAAAGCUUGCUGAGAAAAAUGAGGAAAAUGAUGAAGAUGAUAAGAAACGUGACUUCUUUCUGGAUGAGUCUCCUGAAAUCAGUAAUCCGUUCUCUGAUGAGAAAAUGCAGAUCGAGGACUGCAUAAAGAAAGGCAAGGAAAGCUACGAGGAGAGCCUUAGCCGGGCGGUGUCUGCAGAGGUCUCUGUGCUCGAAACCUGGAAGGAGACAGAGAUGUACAAGCUGCAGAUCCUGGAGUCGCAGGCCGAGGUGUACCUGAAGAACCUCAAGCUCAUGAGCAGUGAUUCUGCAGCGAAUCCUGACAUACAGUCGGACAUACAGUCCUGGGAAUCAUUCCUUUCUGACGUCAGAAAAGAAGCUGAGCAGGCGAAGGUUCAGUUUGAAGAACAAAUCAAGGGAAUUAAAAAUGGCUCUCGACUGAGUGAGCUUUCCAAGAUUCAGAUCUCCGAGCUUGCAUUCCCUGCCUGCAGCACGGUCCACGCUCAGCCACAUGCCGAGGCUCCGGGCCACCCUGACCAGGUCGCCUCGACCCAGGACCCCAGCGCGGACUCCGCUGGUGAUGACCCCGCGGGGGCAGCGUCCGCCCCCCUGCCAGAUUCUCCGGGUGACGAGCCGGAAGGCGCCCGUCCCUCCGACGGCAAGGGCCCUGGUCCUGCGCCCCAGCCGGCAGGCGGCCUCGGGCCCGAGCAGAAGCCGCCCGCCCCCCUGGCGCACGCCGCCCGCUCCAUGCAGUCUCCCAGAAAGCCGUUCAACAGCAUCAUGGAGCACCUGACGGCGGUGUUCCCCGGCUACAGCUGCUCUGAGCUUGCUGGGUUUAUGAAAAAAGUGCGAAGCAAAAACAAGAACGCACUCUCGGGACUGAGUAUUGAUGAAAUUGUCCAGAAAGUGACCGACCACAUCGUCGAAGAGCAGAAGAAGAACAAGCCCAACCUGGGAAAGGACCAGAAGCCCGUGGAGCUGGCCGCUGCCGCCACCGGCGUCGGAGCCGCAGCCAGAAGCCAGGAGCAGAAGACAGACAUGCCGAGUCUGUGUGCCAACGCCUGUGAAAUAUGCCACGAGGUGUUCAAGUCCAAGAACGUGCGCGUGCUCAGAUGCGGACACAAGUUCCACAAAGGGUGUUUCAAGCAGUGGCUCCGGGGCCAGAGCAGCUGCCCCGUCUGCCUGAACCACGACCUCGAGUCGGAAGAGUAGCCCCCCCGCCCCGACGGAAGGACCAGCCCCUUCCAGACACGCCUCCUCCUGCCGUCCCGAGCAGCCACCCUUGACCCAGGAGUAGUUGACCGGUUAGUUGGAUGGGAAGAAUCACAGGACCCUCCCUUUGGCAAACCCCUGCGGGGUUUCUGCCCCGGCUACCCAUGUCGCAAGUGGAAACCCUCACCGUCACUGUCAGUCACUCCCUCCCUCCAAUCACGGUAACGCGGGGGCUGGAGAAGCCCCACGCCGUCACAUUCUCCUUCGCUGGGGUGUCCCGAGCCCUUGAGAGGGCGCCUCUAGCAGUCCCCGGAGUUUGAGCAUCCCCGACCCACUCAGAUGACCCAAGGCAGUAUUCCGAGAUACCCCGACAUCACAGUCUUCAAAAACCCUGCGUUGCAGCAGCCGGAUGGAUAGUACAGUGGGUAGGGCACUUGCCUUGCACACGACAGACCCCGAUUGGAGCCCCCCAGCGUCCCGUAGGGUCCCCUGAGCCCACCUGGUGCGAUCCCUGAGAGCAGAGCCCCAGUGCAUAUUAAGCUUUGAGCAUCGCCAGGUGUGGCCCGAAAACAAAAUAAUCAUGCAUUGUAGCGAUAGGCUUAAGGGACGAGAGGUGACUUAAGUCACAGAAAGAACAUGUGAAGCCCUGGGUUCAAUCCCCAGCACCACAUGGCCCUGAGCACUGCUGGGAGUGCCCCUCCCCCCGACAAUGGCCAAAAACAAUGAGCUUAGACAAAUCACCUAAUUCUGAUAACUUGUAGUUGAAAUUAAGUAAUUUGUAGUUAAAAUGUCAAGACGUUGGCUGGUUUAGACCAAAAGAGUCAAAUCUCUCUGAAACGUGAUUUUUUUGAUUUUUUUUUCCUUUUGUUACUUAUUUUUUUUUCUUUAAUUUCCCCUCACUAGCCUCCUAAGAGCGCUUAUUCUUCCUCUUUUAACACUACACGCUGAUCCCCGAAGCUCUGCUAUGAGACAUUUAUCAGUAUGCUGUCGCCCUGCCCUUCCCGGCCCCGUGCCUCCUCCCCCCUGAGGUAGACAGUAGUGUCGGGUGUCUCCCCCGAGCACACGGAGAGCAGCCCCAGAGAAGCGGCCCCCUCCCGCCCACCAGACAGAGCCCCGACAGUCCCGAGGUGCCCCCGUUGCCGCUGCCCGUGUGUGGUGUGUGCAGUGCUGCGUGCAGCCCUGUGCCGUGCCGGACCCGCCUUCCAGCCGGGCUCUCCGUGCUGAGCGGAGCAACCAAGUUCCGGCCACAUUCCACUUCUCUCCAGCAGAGAAGGAGAAAGUCCUCCCGUGUGUUCACUGUUCCCCGGAGACACCCCGCCCCGCCCCCCCCACCCCCCCUCCCCACUCCCGCCCAGUCCCUGCCCUCGCCUUGGCUUCCGUGAGUUGUGAUGUCCUUGUGACUUAGUCCGUAGAAACUCACUCCUUAGCGCGCAGUGACUUCCCCCCCGAGUCCCGAAACACGUGACCUGCAUGUUCGUGACAACAGAGAACUGUAGCGGGGAAGGUGCCGAGGGCCCCGAGUCCCUCGGCAGCGCGCACCCAAGGACAGAGCGAGCCCAGCGCGGGGACGGGCUUCCGCCUAACGCAAGUGCUUGUGAACACGCCUUACACGCGUCCCAUCCUGUCACAGUAAAGAGUCUUCUCAAAUAA